CGUUGGAUUUGAAUAUGCCUGGGCUGCCCAAUAAAUCUCUAUUCAUUGUACAUCUGCUGCAGUGCACGGGAAAGCGACGCCCAGUGUAACCAUGCCUCGACGAAGAUCGACCACGAGUGUCCGCUCAAACAGCAGCGAGAUGGACACUGAUGGCACAGAAACAGAGCUAGUCAAACUGCAAAGACAGUUCCGGAUCAUGGAAGGAGAUCGGCAGGCCUACAACAUUCAGGCCCGGGAGCAGAUGCGCAAACAACAGCAGGAGAUAGACAAGCUGAUGAAGGAGCAGCAGGAGCUGAGUCGAAACCUCGGGGUAUCUAAGAGCUUGUCUCGCCAACAGCAGGACAGUGAGGAGACAGAGAGUCUUCGUGCUUUGCUGGAGCAGACAGACACGCUGGAGGAGGAGCUGGGAAAAGAGAAGCAGUGUCAAAAAGACUUACAAAGAGAGAUCUCAAACAUGGAGCUGAAGCUGGUGGAGCUGAGAAGAGGGGAGGUCAGUAGUAGUGACACACAAAAGUCUGAGGAGCGGCGGACUCAGAAGGCCAAACGAACGCUGGAGUACAAACUGGACAGAGCUUUGACUCGCUUCAACGAACAACUGACUAAAAACAGCCUCCUGAGAGAGGAAUUGCGAACGUUUCACAUUGAGCACGCCGGUUUUCAGCAGCUACACUACAAGCUGGACAAGGAGCUGCAGGACCUCCGCAAGAAGAUUGGUGAAACUAUCAACCUGUCCACUGCUGCUUACGAUGCCAGGGUUCAGGCCCAGUCCAAAAUGACCAUGAUGAGGGCAGAGGCAGUGAAGGACCUUGCCGAGGCUGAUGCUGAGAUAAUGGACCUUGAGAGGGCUUUUGAACACGAGUGUAUCCUGAAAGAGUUCAGGGCCACCAAGUGCAAGGAGAGGAGCAGGCAGGACAACGGCAAUGCGAAGGGACACAGACGAUUGUCAGAAAUGAAGGAGCAGCGGAGGAUGGACUCAGAGGAAGAGUCGCUGGACGCUCUGGAGGAGGUUUUCCAGAGGAUCCAGACGGUGACAGGAGAGGACGACCUGGACAUGUUGAUCACCAGGUUCAUCCAGGUUGAAGACCGGAAAUUUUUACUCCUCAGUUUUGUUAAUGAGCAAAACAGUGAGGCUGAAGCCCUGAGGGAUCAAAUCAACCAGAUCCAAGAAGAGAUGGAGAACUUUCGAGUGAAAGGUUUGGAACAGGAGCAUGAUCGUGGCUCUUUGCUGAGAGACAUUGACGAGCAACAACAGGAAACUGAAUCUCAAACUUUGGACUAUGAAAGCAAAGCCAGCAUCAUUAGCAAAAUCCUGGACGAGGUUAUAACAGGAGUGAGCAGCACCUUCUCUAAAAUGGACUGUGACCGCUCGGUGAUAGAGGAUAUGCUGGGCUUCUCCACAGGGAUCAGUGAGAACAACAUCAUGUCCUAUCUGGAUCUGCUGGAAAGGAAGACUAAUGAGAUGCUCACCAUACAAGCUUUCCUCAAUUCUAAGGAUGAAGAAAAGGACUACAAUCUACAAGACCUGGCCAAACUCCUUUUGGGUCAAAAUCCAGAGCAGCUUCAGCAGAAUCCCAGUGUCCAAGCUACAGUCAACAGCGUGGAGCAUGAUGCCGAGGAUUCUCUUUUCACUGAUGAGGAAGAACGGCCAUUCUCACAGGGGGAACUUACCAGAAAAAUAAUGAAAAGGGUUCAGCAGAAGCAGAUUCCAGUCCAGCAGUCAGUAAGCAGCGGCUCAAAGAACCGUCUCCAGUUCGAAAGCAGACAGCGCUCCCCGGACACAGACUGAUCUGACAGGUUGACCCAGUCGAGUUACUCGGACUUCAAGACAUGCUCUGUACGAAAAAACAAGCCUUCCAUUUUGAUUCUUUGUUAUACACUCUGGCACCUGAUUUUUCAUCAUUGAAAAGUUGAAAGGUGUACCUGGAAAAACUGUUGUUUACACUCCAGAUUAAUUAUGAAUUGUGAUGUUAAAAAUAUUAGUAGUUAUUAGUAAUAGUAUCAGUAGGCUAUUGAGUAAAAACAGAAUACUUAUUUAUCUUACAAUUAGUUAUUUAUUUUUCUUUUACACACACACACACACACACACACACACACCUGCUGCUGUCUGUCUGUCUGUCUGUCGGCCGGUCUGUCUGUCUGCCUCUCCAUCGUAUGUCUCUCUAUCUGUCUGCCUGUCUGUCUGUCUGACUGUCUGCCUCUAUCUGUUUCAUUAGUCUCUUGGGAUAUUUGGUGCCCUCUGUUCUGGUCUCCCUCAUCUGUUACUGUCUAUGUUACCUCCCCCUCCUGUCUCCUUUCCAUCUGUAUCUCCUGCUCUCUCUUCUUCCUCUAUCCUGUCUGGCUCAGCUGUAAUAUAUGAAUCAGUAGACACACAAAAAAAUAAUGGUAGAUUCUCCAGCUAUAUGGCCAAAAAAAUGAACAUACAUUAAUGUGUCUCCAUUAAAAUGAAUAUCACAUCAGAGUCCUAUUAUCAUAACCCUUUAUGAAAGAAAAUCCACAAUACAUAAUACAAUGGCUGUCAUGUUCUUUGUUUUUUAUCUUCUCUGCUCUGUGUCAUAGAUGUAGACUAGCGGUGUUUCUAGGACUUGAGGACAUUGGGGGCUUAGCUCGGACCCCUGUAGGGGGUCCAGGCUUUUGAUAAACAAGCUCUACUUUUUUAUGCACUCUGGCAUCUUAUCUACAGUCAAAUAUCAUUGAAAAUGUUUAUAUGGAAUUGUGCCGGGAAAAAUUGUUUACUUUUCCUGAUUAAUUGUGAUGUUCAAAAAUAUAAGUAGUUGUUAGUAAUAGUAUUAGCCUAGAAAGCUAACUAUCAAUAAUUUAUUGGAAAACAGUCAAAUCUAUUUAUUGUAACAUUGUCAUUUUCAGUAGCUGGUGGCGCUGAGAUCAGAAAGUGGCAAAUGGUGGUUCAGUGUCAUAUGCCCCAUCAGCUAAUCCCCAGAGGUAUACCGCUCGCGUUCCACUGUCACUUGCUGUUUCCCGACGGCGGGCACCGCUGGAAAGUGUUAGCUUGAUGUUAAUAUGGAUAAUGGUAAACAUGCAAAUACAUUUAUUGAACACAGAAUCGAUUUUUAUUCACUCAGAAGAAAUGAAUAACACCAUACAGAGUAGUUAAUGUGGAUCCUAAUCUUCUGCCAUUAUCUGCAGCUGAAGGGCUUUGUUUUCAUUAUUUACCAUAAUAUGGAUCAAUGGAGGCCAAGGCUGCUGAUGGAACCAGUAUGAAAUGUUGCAGCUUGCACACGUGAACAUUAAAAGCUUAAUUGUG